AUGAGUGAUUCGUCCUUGGGUGGAAGGGCCUUAACCUAUUGCGAAAUGGAAAAAUUGGUAUACCCCAUACACGGCCACAUCGUCAAAUUGCCGGAAUCUCCUAAAGCCUUUGGGUACCGCGGAGGGCGUGAAAACGGACUUGCAGCAGAUGGAACCAACUCCGAACAGGUAGAAUGUAAAUUCUAUGUGAUCUAUCUAAUUAAGGAUCUCGAAAGAGGGAAUGGACAAUCGGCAGCCAAGCGCUCUGGGCUCACUGUUUCUUUUGGAGCAACCCGUUCGUUAGCAGCUCCCACUGACUAUUUGCCAUCAGGGUACCUACCUAGAAUGGAAAUGUACCUGGAUGUCGCAACCAAUGAUGUAAGAGAAUCCGCUGUCAGUUCUACUGGCUUUUGA